AUGGACAUGGUGAUUGAUAGGGAUUUCAGUGGGAGUAAUACAUACGACUCUGCUUUGGCGGCGACGUCCUCCGCGGCGGCGGCCUCGGUGGCCUCGUCGUGCUCGUCGUCCUUGGGGAAGGCGAGUGGGGUGUCCGGGCUAGCGACGCCCUCGCUCCUGCCACUAUCAUCAUCGACCGCCGCGGCGGGCUUCUCGGCCGGCGAGGACGCGGGGGCCCUCCGCGGCCGGCGCCGACCCCACGAGGGAAUCUCUAGCCGCGCGUUCUACUUCUGCUGCUGGCGGUGGCGGCGGUUGCAGGCCCGCACGAUGGACGGCAGGUCGGCUCACGUCACGAUCAAGAGAUUGAAUCACCGCAUAAGUCAUGAGAGCAUAUCUUUAGACGAGGAGAACCGGCUGAUCAAAGAAAUUAAGACCCUUGAAAAAACCAAGCCAAAGGUCAGUUCCAAUGCUGCUAAACGAGCUAAAAUGCAAGAUACAGUUGUUGAAAGAGAUGCCAUACAGGAUCAGGUGAAAAUCAUCAGGGAUGGUAUAGAUGGAGUAAAGAAGGAGCGACAAGGGGUCAGGUCUAAGAUUAAGGUCCUGGAUGAUGAGAUGAAGGUUGUUGAUGGCGAGAUUGCUUUGCUUCAAGAAGAUUUAAAUGCAGCUACUGCCAGAAAGGAUAAAGCAUACGAGUCAUUGACCGAAUUGAGAAAAUUGCGUGAUCUUCCCAAUGCAUCCUUCCAUCAAAACCGCAUAGUCCUGAACAAAGCCAGGGAAUUAAAUGGCAGCAGGUUCUGA